CGGCGUUCCCCAUUCGUUCUCCAGGCACCGGAGCACUCCGGAGGAUCGGUCCGAGAGCACCCGAGGGCAUCCCCAGGUCUCCAAAAAAUCCAAGUGUAAAAAAAAAACCACGCGGAAAUAGCGAUUUUUCAACCGAUUUUUUUCAACCGAUCUCUGCCGAUUUUCCCUGAUUUCCAACCGAUUUAAACCGAUUUUUAUUGAUAGUUAUUGUUUAAAGACACAAAUUGAUUUCCCCGGGAGAAGGAAGUUGUUAAUUGUCCUGGGUAAUCGGUAAAAUUGAUUGAUCGGUGAAGUGAAGUGAGUGAGGGAGUGAGGGCUCUUCCUCCCUCGCUGUCGUGGAGUGAAAGUGAAAAUGAAAAUAAUUGGUACGAAGAUGAAUCUGUGGAUUUUAAUUGUUGGUGUUUUGAUUAUUGAUCUGGAUGGGGUGCGGGCACGUCGGACAAGUGGUCUUUACGUUGAUAAUGGACAGGAUCAGACGGUGGUACAUCGGGUUGUGACGCAGCGAGAGAAGCGCGAAGUUGAGCAUGAGAUUCUUAAUCUACUUGGGCUACCGGACAGGCCCAGGAGUACCGUUGGUAAAGUGCCCCAGGUUAAGAGGUCAGCGCCAAAGUUUCUACUUGAUAUUUAUAAAAAUGCACUGGGUGAGGAUGAGAAACCGGUCGUGAGCCGGAGCAAGAGCGACGGUGAGUUCGACCUCACGGGUCAGGAUCUCAGGGCCAUCGACCAGAGCGAUGUCAUCAUGACGUUCCAGGCGCACAAUCAUCAUGUUCCUGGGGUACGUCACGAGCGUGGGAAAAGGCUGUGGUUCGAUUUAUCGGAGGUACCACCGGAAGAGAAUAUUAUUGGUGGAGAAUUGCGACUUUAUCGCACAAUGGAGGUGAAACACCGGAGAAACAGGGGCUCCUUCAUGAUCACCGCGUACCGAGUACUCCGAACUGCUGAUGGAACAAAGGAAUUACAAUAUGUGGACUCUGUUAACACGACGACAAACAAGGAAGGCUGGUUGACUCUCAACGUGACAGAACCCCUGGUCCACUGGGUAAACAAUCCAGAAGGCAAUCGAGGAUUUUACUUGUCAGUUCAUCCAGCAGAUCGUUCGGUUCAUGAAAUGAGACCGGAAGAUGUUGGAAUCGUAGGAUUCCGUGGUGAUGCCGACAAGCAGCCCUUCAUGGUUGGUUUCUUCAAGAGCUCUGGGGUACGUGAGAAAAAAGUCAGACAGAAAAGAGAUGCCAGAAGGAAAAAGAAGAGUGAUGCCUCCAGUUUGGAUUACAGAAAUCCUUACACAGAUCCAGCGAUUCAGUACAACUCUAGAACUUGUAAAAUCCAGACGUUGUAUGUCAGCUUCAGAGAUCUCCAGUGGCAGGAUUGGAUUAUAGCGCCGGAUGGCUACGACGCUUAUUACUGCAGUGGCGAGUGCAAUUUCCCGUUGAAUGCACACAUGAAUGCAACGAAUCAUGCAAUUGUACAGACACUUGUGCACUUGGUUAAUCCAGGAAAGGUACCAAAGCCAUGCUGCGCACCCACUAAACUCUCAGCAAUAUCUGUACUAUAUUUUCUCGAUGAGAGCAAUGUUAUUCUUAAGAAGUACAAGAACAUGGUGGUAAAGAGCUGUGGAUGUCACUGACUUCGUGAUUUUAACUGUUGAAUUUUUAUUCGGAUGGAAUUAUCUCGGGAACAGCUGGAUCUAGGUGAAAAAAAUUGAAGUAAGUUUUUGAUGGAAAUUUUAUGACCCGCAAAAAAGGUUCAAUGAACUUUUCUCUCAGACCAGUCCUUAUCGAGGUAUUCGCGCAAGUACGAGACCUAUUACAGAUACGAUUAAAAAUCGUUCGUAAUUGUUGGUUUUUUUAAUAAAAAUCUUGGGAAAUUUCAAUGGCCGCAAAAAAAUCUCGACAAUUUUUUUGUUUAAGAGGUGUUUCCGAGAUAAUUGAACAAUUGGGAAAAACGCAAAAAUGGGCUUGUGGCAGGGGAAACACAAAUGAAAAACAAGAGAAAAAAAAACUCAUGCAUAUCUCAGUGAUUCCACACCUCGGAGUAAUCAAAAUAUUCAUGAGAGGAUGAUGAUAUUCAGGAGAGGAGAGAGGGCAAAUGCGCGUGAUGGUAUUUUCAUGUUUCCACUAGUGUCGACGUCUCAAUCAACAAUAACGCAUUGAAAAUGAGAAAAUUACUAGCUGUCAAAUGGGUGGAAUGUAUUGACAGUCGCCAAUUACUGUAUUUUCAAUAGUGGAAUGAGAAGAUUCGUCAAUUUCUUACGUUUACUCAUGAUGUUUACAAUAUUCUGUUGUGAUUCUCUCGCACCCAUUCGUGACUCAUUUCUCAACCGGAGACUAUGUAUUUUCUAAAAUCGUGUUUAAGUACCUUCCUGUGUAUAAACUCUAAGAUUUUUUUACGAUUAAUCUGUGCCGAUGACGACUCAAUGCAAAUGUGUAGGAUAAGAAUUUUAAUUGAUUGUUUGAUUUAAUGUUUAAUUAUUAUCACUGUACAUAUAUUAUGUAAAUACGUUCGAUGUGUGGUGUCAAAUAUAUCACUUUUUCAACAAAAAUGCUAGCGAACGAAUUAA